AUGUUAGAUAAAAAAUUGUUAUCACCCAUUGAUAAUAAAAGAGAUAGACCUUUAAGUAGUUAUUUCGAAUUGCCUAGUAAUAAGGUAGAUAAUUAUUUACAAAAUCAACAGAAAAAAUUUGAUUUCGAUAGUGAAAUCGAUGAUGAAUUUGAUUCUCCCAUCAGUAAAAGGAAAUCCUUUAAAGAUUUUUCUGCAUUAAAAAGUAACAGUAAUACUUUCAAAAACUUAACUAACAUAGUUAAUUUAGGUAAAAGAAUUACAAAAUCAACUAAGAAAUUGAUUACUAGAAGUAAAGAUGAUGAAAAUAAAGAGAAUGAUGACACUGCAUCUACUAUUAUAGAUAGUGACACCGAAGAUGAUGAAAAAGAUUAUAAUGAUAAACUUGACGAUACAAACAAUACAACGCAUGAUAAAGAUAUAUUGAAAGAUCUUUACAAAUAUGAAGAAGAUGGUGACGAUGAAGAAAGUGAUCAUGAACAUGAACGUGAAGGAGAUGAAGAAAAUUAUGAUCAAUUCGAUAGUGUUCUUAAAGGGUCAAAGACUCCUUUAAAGCUUCGAAGAUUUCAUUCUAUGUAUCAUACUAAUAAAGAGAAAGAUAUAAUCUUGAAAGACAAUUCAAUUUUGAAACAAUCAAACAUUAAAACUUUUAAAUUAGAAAAUGACUUGAUUCCUAGAAUUGAUGAAGAUUCUUUAUUCAAAUUGAUUAAUGAUGGUUUCGAACACAACUUUAAAGAUAUUGUAAUCAUUGAUUGUAGAUUUGAUUACGAAUUUAAUGGUGGGCAUAUCAAAAAUGCUAUCAAUAUUUCUAAACAAGAUGAAUUAGAAGAGUUGUUUAUUAACAAUGUUGAACCUGAAACUAACGGGAAGAAAUUAUUGAUUUUCCAUUGUGAGUUCAGUUUAUUCAGGGGUCCAACUAUGGCUCAGCAUUUAAGAAAAUGUGAUAGAAUUUUAAAUUUGAAUAAUUAUCCAAAUUUAAAUUAUCCCGAUAUACUUAUCUUACAAGGUGGGUACAAGAAGUUCUUUGAAAAAUAUAAAAUUGAAUGUUUCCCACAAAAUUACAUUGAAAUGAAUAAGAAAUCUCCUGAGUUAGAAAAAUACAAGUCAUUAGCCAAAUCCAAUAAUUAUAAUCAUUUAAGAUCAAAUAGUUAUACUACUAUCACGUCCCAUUCAGAGAACUUGAAGAUUUUGAAGAGGCAAAAGUCCAUCACUUUAUCAUUAACAAGGGCAUCAACAUAUUGUUUUGAUGAUCAUAAUGAUCAUGGUGAAUCAAAUUUCUUAAAUUUUGAUAAUGCUACUUCAAAUUCCAAUAUUAAUUCAUAUUCCAAUUUAAUGGAAGAAUUUCAACCACCAAUUUUGAAUUUCGGAUUAAAUAAAUCUUCAAAUUCAAUUAAUUCAUUAAACAGUUCAUUAAGUGAAUUAUCAACAUUUUCAUCAAAUGAAUCGAGUGAUUCAGUUUCAAUUUCAAAUAGUCCCAUAAUGGAAAUGAAUGAAUUCUUCUCAUCAAGUAAUAAUUCACAAAUUUCCACUUUGAAUACCCAAUCAAAUAAUUCUUCCACAACAUUAAGUUUUAAUGUACCAAAAACUCACAGUAGAUCAAAUUCAAGUUCAAGUUUAAAGAAAAAGAAGAAAGAUUUUACAUUCCCACAAAGUUCUCCAAGGAGAUUAAAGUCCCUUACCAUUAAUACUAAUAAUACCCAUUCGAGAAAUAAUUCAAGAACUUUGAAUCAUUCAAGAAAUCAUUCAAGAAACAAAUCCAUUAGUAAUGGUCACAGUCAAUCAUUAAGUUUUAUUCAUUCUUCGCCCGUGGUUUCAUCACCUUUAUCAAACAUGACACCCUUGCCAACCCCAAUUUCAACUUUGACAUCAGUUUCAAUGAAUUCCAUCGAUCCUAUCAAUGAUGCUCCUGUUGAAUUUUUACCUUAUGAUAAGAAAUUCUAA